AUGGGUAUACUUUUCGAUAUCAGCGUAAAGCCCUUCAAAGCAGUAUCUGACUGUAAAAUAAUAGUAAUAUGCAACAAACGUUACUUGAAAGUUUACGGUCACCUGUUCAACCGUCAGCGUAGCUGUGGCAAGGGUUGGGCGUGGUAUUGCCACAUGUACCACCGUGGCUGCAAGUCGGCUGUGGUCACUACCACGGAUCUGAAUAUUGUAGAGUGUAAGGAGAACCACAACCACCAACCACCACAGAUAUAUAGGAGAGAAAUAAUUACAACGUCUGGAGGCAGGAAACUACUGAUGUUUGGGAAUUUCACUUACAAUCGUAAAAAGAAAUCUCAUGAAAAUUUUAAAUGGUACUGUUCCUUGUACCACCGAGGCUGUAAGGCGUCCGUCAUCACUAAUUCAGAAUUGGAAGUCGUCCAUGACAUUGAUGUCGUAUUCACUGUGUCUCAACGAGGACAUCCCGUGGUUAAGUUCGGUGGUCACAGAUUCAUUAAAGACUACGAGAUAAACUGCAAGACGAGGUGGAGGUGUUUCAAACGAUCCUACGGCUGUCGCGCCGCUAUCACGAUGAUCGACAAUACUAUUGUUAGACACAAAGCAUCACACAACCAUUGA